AUGAAUAUUUCAUCAUCUCCAGUGGCAUUACCCUGGAUCGUUUUAGAAGUGGUCAUCAACAAGCCGUUCAAACGUGGAUUCUUCUGUAACGACGAAUCCAUCAAACAUCCCUACUUGAAGAACACUGUGGAUUACCGCAUCAUGGUUGGAGUCAGUGUGGCGGCUGCAUUCGUGCUGGUCACAGUUUGUGAGGCAGUGCUCAAUCACACCAGGCAGGAAGCACCUUUCGAGGUCACCGACAGUCGAUCCAUUCCUCACUUUUUUCUUGAAAUUUAUCGAUUUUACGGGAUUUUUAUUUUCGGAAUUUUUAUUCAGCAAUCUGUCGUCAAUAUUGGGAAAUACACAAUAGGAAGAUUGAGACCUCACUUCCUGACGGUAUGCAAUCCAGAUUACAGCAAAAUCAACUGCACUCUCUCCAACUCCAGCGAAACCAUAUUUGCUUACGUGGAAAAUUUUGAGUGCAGUGUACGAGAAGAGAAGAUAACCGACUCCAGGUUAUCAUUUCCGUCCGGUCACUCCUGUUAUGCUGCAUAUGUGGCUGUCUACUUCAUAAUCUACCUGCAAUCGAGAUGGACGCACAGGAUGACCGCCCUGCUGAAGCACACCUGCCAGGCCGUCCUCGCCAACACGGCUGUCUUCGUCUGCCUAUCCAGGAUAUCAGAUUACAAGCAUCAUCCGACUGAUGUGCUGGCUGGCUCACUGCUGGGGUUCAUCAUCGGCGCUUUGAUGGGCAUGAAUGUGACGAAACUCUUCACAAUGAAGUCGAUAGUGAGAAGGCUGCAAUCCAAUCAUCCCCACCCCAUCUAUGCAACAAAUGUUCCUGUGGCGUCCAAGAUGUAACAUACAACAACAAACAACAACAACAGCAAUGAAUUUGAAUUCUGAUGUAAACAAAUGUUACGACCAUUCCGCAAUAAAAUUCAGUUCCACAACUCAAUAUAUUGUUCAACAAAAUAUCACAAUGUUAUUAAACAGUGUUACGUGAUUUUAAUCUGCGGUUUGAUUUUAGAAUUGCCGUUGAUAAACUUGAUGAAUAAAUUUGAUUGAUUGUUUCAACCUAAUAAUACUAAUAAAAAAUUAAUAAUAAAAAUAAUAAACUGUAAUGAAAACUCUGAACAAGGUCUAUUAAAUUUCAACUUCACACACACAAAAAAAAUAUGAACAAUCAAUACAUCAGAAUUUCAAAAAUUACUGAAUACAUUUUGCACUUUCAAGAAAUAUUUUAUUUUUAAAAACUAUCACUAUACAUAAUUAUUAUUCUAAUC